UUGAGCUGAACUACGGAGCGCAACUUGGGCCAAAAAAACAUUUAUCAUUAAAGAAACACACAACACGCCGCAAGAAACUGUUCGUGUAAUCAGGCUCGGGGAUCGUUAAAUAUUUCCAGUGUUGGCUGAACUUCUUCAGAGCGGUAUUUCUGUGACAGCCCAAUGAGAAUGCUGUGGAAAGGUAGGAGAAUACAGGAUGUGAGUCUAGGCUCACUGCUGCUAGUCGCUGUCCUGGUGUCCGUCCACAUCCAUGCUCAUCAGGAGGUCUCAGAGGGUCAUCAGCAAAGUAUGCGCCUGGACAAGAACAUGGUGCAGGACAAAGACCAUGUCAUGGAGCACCUGGAGGGUGUGAUCGAGAAGCCGGAGUCAGACAUGACGCCCCAGGAGCUGCAGCUGCACUACUUCAAGAUGCACGACUACGAUGGUAACAACCUGCUAGAUGGGCUGGAGCUAGCCACUGCCAUUACGCACGUGCACAAAGAGGAGAGAGGAGCAGACAGUCAACCCAUGAAAGAGGAAGACCUCAUCAGCUUGAUAGAUGAUGUCCUCAGGGAUGAUGAUAAAAACAAUGAUGGCUACAUUGACUAUGCAGAAUUUGCAAAGUCACUUGAGUAAAGAAAGCAGAUGUAAGGAAGGCUGACUGACCAACUGUGAAAUGGCCUCAAGAGCUGAAAUGCACAUAACCACAGCCCCAUUUCUGGAAGACCUCAAGAAGCAAUUUAAUGUAACUGUUUCCAAUUUGCAACUUAAUUCAGAGGAGUUACUGUAAUUUGACUCAGUGGGACUGAAGUAGCUCAGAAAUGCCAGCAUAAACAUUUCAGAUACAACUGUGUUAUACUGCCAAACUUGUCUACUGUGUGCAAUAAAGUGCUGUAAUAAUUUACUGAAA